GUUUAUUCGAAUAAGAGCGUUGGCGGAUAUUCAAAUUUGACGUUACGACUCAAUUAAUGGGCGGAUAUGUAUAUAAAAAAGGUUAUUAUUCAAGGCUUUCGCAGUUAUAGAGACCAGACCUGUCCUGAUGAGUUUAGUCCACAUCACAACAUAAUAGUCGGCCGUAAUGGUUCGGGAAAGUCUAAUUUCUUUCAGGCGAUACAGUUUGUGCUCUCUGACGAGUAUAGUCACCUUAGUAACCAGGAGAGACAGAAUCUGCUUCACGAAGGCACGGGUCCACGAGUCAUUUCUGCAUACGUGGAGAUGAUUUUCGACAACUCAGACAAUCGAAUUCCUUUUGAUAAAAAUGAAGUCUCUUUGCGGAGGAUAAUUGGCAGCAAGAAAGAUCAGUAUUUUCUAGACAAGAAGAUGGUCACAAAAGCCGAUGUAAUGAACAUGCUGGAGAGCGCUGGAUUUUCUCGUAGUAACCCAUACUAUAUUGUUAAACAAGGAAAGAUCACUCAGCUGGCUACUGCACCUGAUCACCAAAGAUUAAAAUUACUAAGGGAGGUUGCUGGAACCAGGGUCUACGAUGAGCGAAAGGAAGAAAGUAAACAAAUAUUCAAAGAGUCAGAAGCUAAACGGGAGCAAAUAUCUGAACUUUUAAACAGUAUUGAGGAUCGUUUACGAACUCUUGAGAAUGAAACAAAAGAAUUGAAAGAAUAUCAACACUGGGAUAGAGAUAGACGUGCCUUAGAGUUUACGAUAUAUGAUAGAGAGUUGAAGGAAACGCGAAAGAAGCUAGAAGAACUACAGACUCGUCGAGAGCAAAGCAGUGAAAGUACCGCGGAAAUACGACGUGCCGCCAAAGAUUGUGCAGAUGCAAUAGAGAAACUAGAACGAGAUUUAAGGGAUAAUCGUUUGAAGGAAGCCCAAAUGCAAGAUGAAGUAGAGCAGGUUCAAGCAUCUGUUAGUGAUGUUCUGCAGCGUCGCGAACAACUUCAACUUACUAUAGCUGAUUACUCAGCAACUCUUCGAGGUGGUAAGUCUGCACGUGAACGGGCUUCUGAAGAGCUGAAUCGUGUGAGAGAACAAAUUAACCUUGUUGAACGUCGAUUGGCUGAAUUGAGACCUCAGUAUAAAAAGGCUAAACAAUAUGAAGAUGAAUUGGCCAAUGCACUCAGUGAUGCUGAGCAUCGUAGGAAGGAAUUAUUCGCCAAGCAAGGACGAGUCAAUCAAUUUCAAUCGCGUAGUCAACGUGAUGAAUGGAUUAAGGAUCAGAUGAAAAGUUUAGCCAAGGCUAUAAAGGACAAAGAGAAUACCAUCAAUAAAUUGAAUGAUGAAAUUAAACGAGAUGAUGACAGGCGUGAAAAACUACAACAAGAUCUGGACGUAGCUGAAGAAAAUAUGACUUGUGUUAGAAAAGAAUUAGAAACAGUUUCUGAGGAACAACGUAGACUACGACGUGAAAAAGAUGAGAUUCAAACAGACAGACAGACUGUUUAUCGAGAAGAGACUAGAAUAGCUCAUGAACUAAAUAAUUUACGUGAUGAAUUGGCUCGAACUGAACAUAAUUUAAGAUCUAUUACAGGAAAAGGCAUUUUAAACGGUCUAGAUUCUGUUCGUAAAGUGGUUGAGAUAUUUCGUGAUCGUUAUGGUCCAGAUUGUGAUAUAGUACAAGGUUAUCAUGGGACAUUAAUAGAACUAAUUGAUUGUCCCGAAACAUUCUACACUAGUGUAGAAGUAACAGCUGGUUCACGUCUAUUUUAUCAUGUAGUACAAAAUGACAAAUUAGUUAUCCGUAUGAUUUCAGAAAUAAAUAAACACAAUCUUCCUGGAGAAGUUAAUUUCCUUCCAAUUAAUCGAUUGUGUGUACAGGAGUGUUCAUAUCCAGAGACAAAUGAUGCGAUUCCAAUGAUUUCUCGUUUGAAUUUCGAUCCUAAAUUUCGUGGUGUUAUGCUGCAUAUUUUCGGUAAGACGUUGAUUUGUCGUAGCAUUGAAAUCGCAACUCAGUUGGCUCGGACGAAAAAUUUCGACUGUAUCACGCUUGAUGGUGAUCAAGUAUCACGUAAAGGUACACUUACUGGAGGAUAUUACGACAGUCGAUUGUCACGAUUAGAAUUACAGAAACGUAAACAGAAGACAGAAAUUGAAAUUCAAGAAACUGAAAACGUUCGUGAAAAUAAUGCUAAACGUAAAGAACAAGUGGAUGCACAAAUUAAUCGUAUUAUAGAUGAUGUACAACGUAAGGAUACAGUACGAUCAAAACAUGAAAUGACGUUUGAUAAAUUAAAGAAGGAUAUUCAUAUGUGGAAAGAAGAACUACGCGCAAAACAAGAAACUAAACCACAGAAAGAAUAUAAAUUAUCUUCGUUAUGUCAUGAUUUGGAUCAAAUGAAGUACACAAUGGAAUCGUACAAGGUUGAAUUAGGAACCGAUUUAUUAAGUCAGUUAUCUGUUCAAGAGCAACGUGAAGUUGAUCGUUUAAAUGAUAAAAUUCAAGAACUAACUAAAGAGGCUAAAGAAGCUUACAAGAAACGAAUUACAUUGGAAACUGAGAAAAAUGAAAAAGAAACUCAGUUGGAACAUAACCUGCUAAGAAAACAAGAACAAUUAGAAUCUGAAGUUGCUGAAGCUUCUGAACAAGAUUUACAGGAUCGUUUAGCCGAAGCUGAGGAAGAACUACGUGAAGUUGAACGCCGUAUUGAAGAUGCGCAGCGUACAGUAGAUGAAGUUGAAGCUCGUCUAUCAGCUUUAUUGCAUGAACAACGUCAACUAGAAUCAGAAAUGGAGCGUAAAAAGCAAGAAGAGAAAGAAUACGCUGAACGUAUACAAGAUGAUCAACAGAACUUAGAGAAAAUGCAAUCUAAACAAAGUCAACUGCUGAAAAAGAAAGAAGAGAAUAUGAAGAAGAUACGCGAUCUAGGAUCACUACCUGCAAAUACCUUUGAUAAGUUUCAAGAUAAAAAUAUAAAACAGGUAUGUUUGCUUUGUAAAUAUGUUCAAUCCAAACGAACUUUUGAACUCAUAAUAAUUAGACAUAAUUGACCAUCGGAUUUCAUCAGAGUAUCUCGAUGGUGAAUACUCGUCUUGAUGUUUGGUGGUUUUGGGAUCACUCGAACUAGGAGUCUCAAAUAGUAAACACUGCUGAUGAGUCCCUAAGUAAAACGAAAAGACUACCCAAUAUUCAUUGAUUUUAAGUGGUUCCCCAGCUCAUGUGAAUUUGUAAAAAAAGUUCACUUAAAGGUCAUCACACCCUAACAACUGGAAGUUUUGUUCAGCUGUCCACAUCUUUGUUUGUGCAAGGUUAAAAUCUAAGCAUCCAGAAAUGUGUUCAGUUUAUAUCAUUUCACUAACUGAAUAACUAAUUGGCUGUGAUAUCUCAGGUAAGUAGUAAUAUAUUUUAUAUGUUCAUAUCGGAUUCGACCUUUACUCUACUGAUAUUAAUUUCAACCCUUGCUAUAACUCUAACUAAUUCAAGUAAACUACCAUCUCAGUUUAUGUGGUUAGUCAUGGAGAUGUUGUUCAUUGGCUUUGACACUUAACUUUCAGUAUUUAGUGCUGAUUGACAUCCCAUUCCACCUAAUUUGGUCUGAGUUAGCCUACCGUCACAAAAUGUGUGGCCCAUAGUGUGUGGUGCAGUUUCUGUGAUGUAUUUCUAAAAUGUACUUUUCUCUUUUCACCGUGGGGUUACAUGACUUUGUGAGAAUAUUUUUAGGAUACUUCCAUCAAGCUAUUUUUCAGAUGUUUUAUUAGAACAGAACUUAUUGUUUCCUUUACCGUAGGAUUUUGUAUAUUUGAUUGGUGAGGAAACCGGUUAAGUUGUGUAUUCUGCAAUAUGGAUUCUUUUCUUGUUUUAGUAAGUAUGGGAGUGUCCUUAGCACUAAAUAUGUAUAUAGUCGUCACUUUCUCUACUGUGUUAUUCCUGAGAAACCCUAGUCAAAAAAAUUACAUGAAGGAAAAUAUGAAUACGCGUGAUACAAAGGAUCACACAGAAACUUAUUCAACUUGUUGUCCUAACGGCUAUUAGUGACAUUCAAAAACACCAUGUCUGUCUUCCUGUAAAUAGUGUUAAAAGUUUGUUUUCAAUUGUAUAUUAGUUUAGUUUAUUUAGCACAAGGCACGUUCACAGAGUAUUAAUUAAUGUACACAGUUAGUUGUUGACCAUUAUUGAAAUCUGUCUAAUCUCUAGGUUUAGAUGGCGUAUCUGUGGAUAAUACAUAUAUCAUUCACUUGUUGAUAUUUUCAAUACAUCAUUUCCAACAAGUGUUCUGCUUGCGUCUUGGAUACACAUUCAAAUUGUCCCGGUGUCUAAAUCAUGAUUUACUGCUAUCACCUCACCAUUUUUUUAAAAUAAAGUCACUCUUAUUCAAGCUUGAUGCUGUAUUGAAGGCUUUUAACAAUUUGCUUACAGACAUAUUAAAUGUGCUUUAGAUGCUGCUAUUGUCUUACAUCAUACUAUUGUCUCCAAUUUAGGUAAAGCUGCUGAGGAUGUUCUGUUUGCCUUCCUAGAUUACACAUGUGUUUUUGACUCUGUACUUAGGCAUCUCUUGUGAAAUAAGCUUGCUGUGACACAAACAGAGUGCUGGAUUGAUAAAUGGUCGCAUUCUUAUUUUUCUGAUUGGAAACAGUGCAUUUUAUGUGUAAAGGAAAGUCUUCCACUCCUUUACCUACUGUAACCGGUGUCCCUAAAAGUACUACUUUUUACCUACCCCUCGUUUUUUCCUUCUUCUUAAUUGACUUUUCUGAUUCUAAUGAGGCUAAUUUUGUUAAGUAAGCCGAUGAUCUGACUGUUUCCAUGUCGGUUAUCUGCCAAUCACUGUGCGUCGGUGGCACAGUGGUUAGGACUCUCGCCGACCAUGCACAUGGUCCGAGGUUCGAUCCCCUGCCGACUCACACCUGAUAUCUACGGCCGGCCUGCAAAAUUUGGGCUACCGAUAUCCAUGCUGGAAAUUCCAUACUUGUACCAAAAAUACGGUGUGGAAUCAAGCU